CGCUGUUGUUGUGAUUGACAGACAGGCAGGAGUUGCGGGGCGAACUUUCGUUUCUGCCGUCCGCCGACCAAAACAUGUCUGACUAACUGAACAACAAUGUCCGAGUUGCUCAUGAAGGAGGUGGAGAGCGCGUCGACGUCCGGGAAGCCGGAGGAGCGUCUCGACAGGGUUCGGAGUUUUCUGCUGGUGGAUGAACAAGAAAACCUGCAGGUCCGUGAUGAAUCUGAUUUUGUCGAGCGUCUGGGCUGCAGUGAUGAGGCGGAUGUCAAGGUCCUCUCCAUCUUUGGCAACACCGGCGACGGCAAGUCCCACACCCUCAACCACAUCUUAUUUGGAGGUGAGAGUGUAUUCUACACUUCCAAAUCUCCCAGCUCCUGCACGGUGGGGGUGUGGGCUGCCUAUGACCCUGCCCUCAGUCUGAUAGUCCUGGAUACUGAGGGUCUGCUGGGGGCCGCAGCCAAUCAGAACCAGAGGAUGCGGCUGCUGCUCAAGGUUUUGGCGGUGUCAGAUGUGGUGGUGUAUCGCACCCGGGCCGAGCGCCUCCACAACGACAUGUUCCAGUUCCUGAGCAGCGCCUCGGUGGCCUACCUGAAGCACUUCACCCCGGAGCUGAAGGCCCUGUCCAGCCGCUGUGGUCUGGACGUGCCCCUCUCUUCCUUGGGUCCCGCCGUCAUCAUCUUCCAGGAGACAACACACACCCAGCUGCUGGGUCACGAGUCUAAAGUGGCAGGCCACGCCGACACGCUGCUCCAGAAGCGUUUCCACGACCUGGGCUUGGGGACCGAGGCCUUCAGCUCAGUGCAGUAUGUGGGCACCCACACGGUCACACCCCCCACUGACUACAGCCGGCUGGUGGAAGCCGUCAGGCAGCAAGUGAGGAACACUCACACCCGCUCCCCUCGCCAGCCCAGGAUAGUGUAUCAUGCUCUGGAGGCCCUGAGUGAGCGUUUCUGUGGGGAAAUCUCAGACGAUAAGAUCACUUUGUACUCCUUCUUCCCUGACGAGUACUUCACCUGCUCCUCUGUUUGCCUCAGCUGCAACGUGCGUUGUAAGAAUGGGAUGAACCAUUUGAGAGACAGGGUCCCCCACAUGGCAGAUGGCCUGUGCCAGUACUCACACCAGUAUAACAACAAGGUCCUCAUCUGCAAGAGGUGCUAUGAAGGAGGUAGAGAGGUCAUUGUGGUGCCUAAGACCUCGGCUUCCUGUGAUAACCCAUGGAUGGGACUGGCCAAGUACGCCUGGUCAGGGUAUGUGUUAGAGUGCUCUACCUGUGGCGUGAUCUACCGCAGCAGACAGUACUGGAUGGGCAACCAGGACCCAGAGAGCAGUGUGGUACGACCCGAGGUCAAACACGUGUGGGAGGGGUCGGACGCCUUCCUGACAGACCACCAGAAUGCAGCCCAGAGGGUCCUGGAUGGGAUGAACUACGUGAUCCAGUCGGUGUCGGAGUACAGUGCCGGGCCCACCAAAGCUGUCACAGCCUGGCUCACCGACCAGGUGGCGCCGCCCUACUGGAGACCCAACUCAGAGAUCAUUGCCUGCCACGGUUGUAACAAGGUGUUUGAGGAGGCGGAGAGGAAGCAUCACUGUCGUUCAUGUGGCGAGGGUUUCUGCCAGCCCUGCUCCAGUCAUCGGAUGCCGGUGCCAGAGAAGGGCUGGGGCAACGCUCCCGUCAGGGUGUGUGAUGCCUGCCACCGCCAGGGAGGGCCAGUCGACACCAACAACCAGGUGUGCAACGUGGAGCCUCGUGGCCUGAUCGCUCGCAGGGUGACCGAGGUGGCCCAGUCGACUCUGGACAUGGUCUCUACAGCUGUGGAUUACCCCCUCUGUUUUGUGAAGGGUGUGGCCCGGCCAGACUACUGGGUUCCAGACGAGGACAUUAUCCAGUGCCAUGUGUGCUCCAAAACCUUCACUCCAGCCAUGUCCAAGCACCACUGCAGGGCCUGCGGACAGGGGGUUUGCGGGCCCUGUUCCAUGCACAUCAAGCCUGUACCCUCCCGGGGCUGGGACCAUCCGGUCAGAGUGUGUGAUGGCUGCCACGCCCGAAAGGGAAGCCUGUGACCCCCCCCUCCUCUAUCCCCUUACUCCCUCAAGGAUAACUUCUCUGGACAAAACUUAGGUGAACUCUACCACUGUGAAACUUGGCAUUGCUGGUUCAAGCCGGAAGUGGCAUUGUCCAUUUAGCAUCUAAUGGCAGAACUGGAAUUGACCAUGUUUUUAAGAGAAACGACACAGCGCUGACAGUCCAACUGCUGGCUGCUAAAAACCAUCUCUGUCUGGGUACCAAGCCUGGUGUUUUUGUCAGUGCUGUCCUGUGAUUAGCUUUCCAUCUCAACUAGCAUUCACAAACCAGCUGAUUCUUCAUCAAUGCAAAACUGAACAGAGAUCAGACUUUCCACCACAGAGCCCCAACGGAACAGUCAAACCAGUUAAAAGACAAAUCGGUAUAAAGGAAAAUGGAUAUCUAGUGACUGAUGGAAACUUAAUGUUAAAUGAAAGACAGAGGACUCCCCUUUAUUUCCCUUAAGAAAAACCCAGCGCUCUUACCUGUUCUGUAAUAAGUGUUUCUCUUUGUUCUUAGUCCUCUUCCUGUUCCCUGCAGCAGGCACUUUUCUCACCAUCAGACCAAUCUCUUUGCUAUAUAUGACAGACGAACAAGUGAAAAGAAUGUAGUGGGAAUAAGUGGGGAUUUUAAAGAAUGAAGGCAUGGAUUUUUUUUAAGUCGUGAUAGUUCAGGGAGUGUAGGGCCGUCACGACAAAGCGUGUUCUCCAUUUUUGACUCCUUUGCAGAGUCCUCAGAGGAGUCAAGCUUCUUUGAGGUUUUUUUUUUAAAAUAUCCUCCUCCUCUGUCUCUGACCUCCCUUUCAAUGGGAGUAAAGGGUCUCAGACUUGAAGCAAACAGGAGUAAAAGUAGGAUGGACUGAGGGGAAAAAACUCUUGAGAUAUGCAGGCAGGAAGAAGCAAUCCUGCAGUGUUAGCAGUUCAGUCUUUGGGAUAAAAGAGACUUUGCAAGUGCAUGUUUUACUCAGGGCAGAAAGACAUGGAAGGACAGAGAGUGACACAUGAGCUGCUGCAGUUUGUGCCUUGAUUUCAAUCUAGUUUCCCAAUUCUACAUCCAAGGUUUGCUUUUGUGGGUCUUCACAUACACAAAAAGAAACACACAGACAAGGAGGUAAUGGGAUUAGUCUCGGCUGAUUACGGGACAGUGUAAUUUAAGUCUCACUUGUCUAGAUCUACACUUCAUGUAAAGUGAAUUGUGACAGAGGAAGAAAAUGUGUAGCAUAAUAUAGACAUUCCAGCGCACGGAAUAACCUGUGUUUUAAUGUAGACUUACCUUUCUGGGGGUUAUUUAACCAAGUGGUCACUUAAUUGAGCCACUGACGCUUCAGAAAGCAUAUAUUGUUAUGACUACUGUCACGCUAGUCAGGAUGAUUGAGUGUGCAUUAUUUUGAUAUUUGAAAGGCUCCCGCAUUAAAUCGCUUGCCAUGUAAAGCACAAAUUAUACAUGAAUUAAUGCAAAACGACAGUUUCUGUCAAAGGGAAUUUCUCUGCAUAACAUACUGGAUGGUUUGAUGCUAUUUUCCUUUUUUUUCUCUGUAGUAAUAACCAGUUCAUGUUUUAAAGAUGUUUACCAGUGAAAUUCAGCCUAUGACAAUCUUGAAUUUUUUUCUUUCUUAAAUCAGGCUUGUCAAAAUAAAAAUAAUU